UAUUCUUUAUUUCUUUUUCUCUGUUAUUGACUGUUGUACGCGUCCUCGUCGUGAUCGCGCGCGAGUGGAACGCCGUGCGCCAGGCGAUGCAUGUGUACGUGUGCGCGCGUGUAUGUGUGUUGGUCUGUCCAUCUUGUUUCCUAUUUCCCUCGAGACGCCGCCCCUGUCAUUAUCUAAUUUUUCAUCCUCUCGGCUUACUCCCUUCGCUUCGUGAGAGGUGCGAGGUAUUCUCAUCGCUAGAAAUUAACGUAUUUUCUUGCGCUCGCGAAACGCGAUUAGGAUUAGAGUGAUUCUACUUUGGGAAGACGAAACGACCGAAGCUGCGAAACCGUCGAUAAAUAUUAUCUUUACCUUUAUAAUCGCUUUUACUUUAUUUAAUUUCUACUUGAUUUUUGUAUACGUUGUGCUUCGCGAGAGACUAACUUGGAUCAGGAUCCUAUUGCGUGUCGUCAGGAGUGGGCAGUGAUUCCGAAGUCAUGGCAGAAUUAGCGGCACUUCUGCGACAUGAGAUUCCCGAGGGGAGGAACAACCUGGCUGACAGCCACACGAAUCUGGAGAGAGUGGCGGAGUACUGCGAGGCGAACUACUUUCAGGCAGAGAACAAGAGGAUUGCUCUGGAGGAGACAAAGAAUUACACCACGCAGUCCUUAGCUAGCGUUGCAUAUCAAAUAAACACUCUGGCGUACAAUUUUCUGCAGCUGUUAGAUCUGCAGACAUCCCAGCUUGCCGAGAUGGAAAGUCAGAUGAAUCAUAUUGCGCAAACAGUCAUGAUUCACAAGGAGAAGGUGGCCAGAAGGGAAAUUGGUGUCUUGACAGCCAACAAGAUGACUACUCGCCAGUACAAAAUCAUCGCACCUGCCAAUCCUGAGAAACCAAUUAAGUAUGUCAGAAAGAGCAUUGAUUACACAAUCCUAGAUGAAAUUGGCCAUGGCGUACGUAGCUGCGGUACACCGCGAAGCAAGCAGAGGGGAGGUAGUCAGGGCAGUGUUCAGAGUUUAGGUGCUGCUUCUACAGGUUCAGGCUUAGCUGCAGCUAUGGUAGGACCUGCUCCUACUACCAAACCACCUACUCCACCUCAAACAGUGAGAACUGGAACACUGAGUAAAGGAUCGCGCGAAUAUAGGACUCCACCAGCGGUAGCCCCACCACAAGUUCCUAGCCAUUAUGCGCCAAACUACCCACUCGGUCAUCCCAGGCGAGAUCGCCCGGGAUAUAGCACUUUACCGUUGCAUGCUCACAACACGUCCCAUGCGAGUCACAAUUCCAAUCAUAACGCGCAUGCCAAUACCAUCAAUCAGCACACUAUGCCGCAAGUAGGAACGGUGCAUCCUCUGCAGAAUCAUCCACAAACGCCACCGCCGGCACCGCCCAGUGUCACUGCAGGCUACGUGCAAGAACAGCAUAACAGUAUGCCUCCUCCACCUUCGCCUCUGGUCGGGCUAGGCGGCGAUAUGACGGAAUACAGUGGUCAUCACACCCUGCCACACAGAUUAUCACAUCAGAUUAGUCGUAGUAGCGGUGCAAAUAGUCCACCCUUACCGCCGCCGCCACCACCGGAGCAGGACGAACAUCCGCAGUUUGGCAGACCGACCCCAUCAGGUGCCAUAAUGCCGAUCGUACCGGAUGAGGAAGAUCUGCCUGGAUGGGUGCCGAAGAAUUAUAUCGAGAAAGUGGUAGCUAUUUAUGAUUAUUACGCGGAUAAGGAAGACGAGCUAAGUUUUCAAGAGAGUUCUGUGAUCUACGUGCUCAAGAAAAACGACGACGGAUGGUGGGAGGGGGUAAUGGAUGGUAUAACUGGAUUGUUCCCUGGAAAUUACGUCGAACCAUGUGUAUAACUACACGUAAUAAUUGGCUAUAUCAAAAAAUUAACGGAAGACUGCAAUUUUUAAACAUUUAUCAUACACGUAUUAUUAAUCGCAUUUAUAUUAAUCAUUAAUAUCUCGACUGUGAACAAAAGUUAUUCUUUAUCUCACUCGUUUAAACGAACGUUCGAGUCUAUAAUUACGAGCAUACAAAAAAUGAUCGAAGCUCAUAAAAUGCAAAAAAUAGGAUUCUUAUUUUAUAGAUAUUUUAUAAUUUAUUGAUAAUUAAGAAAAAAGAAGCAUUUAAGUGGAAAUGCUAGAACGGUAUAUGGGUGGCAUCAUAUUUAACGUGCGUUAAUCAAUAAUAGUAAUAAUCGAUAAUAUCUGCAAGGGAUGCAGUGAACAAUGCAGAGAUCGAAAUAUCACAAUCUCCCUUCAUGUAUCAUUAUAUCAUUUAUAUAUUUUGCGUUCUCUAUUGUUUAUUCCGUCUUUGACCUGUAAUACGAAAUACCUUGCCGCGUCUAUAGUCGUGCAAAAUACCGAAUGGUGAACAGCCGUCGCAACGUUACAUUAACAUGUAAGACAAAAAUAUGUACCAUAUUUGAUUAUUGAAAAAAAUUCAGUCAAGCGAGAGUUCCGAAUCAAAUCGAAAAUUAAAUUUUUAUAUUAAUGUAAGUAAAUGUAUUUUUCUGCAUCUUUAGUAUUUCCUCGAGUAAGUAUUGAAUUAUAUAGCAAAAUGAAAUUAUAUAUAUUAUUUACGUAUCUACAUAUAUGUACAUAUAUCUAUGUGUAAGAUGACAUGUUGCAAUAGAGAUCUUUUACCUCUGGA